GAAAAUGAAAAUUCAUCUGGCAAUAGUAGUUCAUCGAGUGAUACAGGAGAAAGCGAUGUAGCAAAUAAGAAUAUUUUAGGAAUCCUUAAAAAGGAAAUACAAGUCGAACCCCAUUUUGCUGACAUCAUUAAAAUUUUCAAUGAAUGUAAAAUUAAUAGCAACGAUGAAUUAAUGAAGGAAAAUAUUAUGGAUCUUUCUCUUGAGAGUAAAUUCGUCGAAAAAAUUCCAUUGGAUGUUUAUGAAAAAUUCAUCAGAUCAUCUGAAACUUAUGAUAAAUUAAUACCUAAAGAAACUCAUGAUUUUUUAGUUGAUUUUUUCUCUCAG